GUUUCCACAGUUGCAAGUCUCCUUAGCAGUCGGUCACUAGUGACAGCUUGAUGGUGACGCAUGAAUUGAUUGCUACUGCAGAAAUGUCAUAAAUAGUAUUAAUGAAGGGCUUGCAUGCUGUGGCACAAAGACUGCAUCAUGCUGUGCGCUAUGUUCAUGUUUUGAAAUCAAGAUUGAUUAACCAACUCAAAAAGACCCAGCUGGUUAUGUGACUUGGAACCCUGUUUGUGAAGCACUUGUUCAUUUUUACAAGACGACAGUACUGUCCAGAGGAAGAAAUGAUCAUGUAGAUUCUACAGCCUGGGUGCUGCAUAAUGGGAAGUGGUGAAUGGAGUGGAGCUGGUCUGCAGCCUUGAAAGCAGCCAGUCUGUGGACCACCAGUCAGCCAGGGACACUUUGCACGCCAGAGGCAUUCUCCACACCGCUCACUGGGACACGCUGGAUUCUUUCUAAUUGCUUAGGUUGGGAUACGAGAUUCCUUUCCUUCAAUUUUUAAACAAUUUUAAGCUUGUAUCAACUAUAACGAGUGGAGCAAUAUAAUCAACAACAAUGGGUGACAUGACAAAUAGCGAUUUUUAUUCCAAGAACCAAAGAAAUGAGGCCAACCAUGCAGGAGAAUUUGGGUGCACACUGCAAGAACUGCGCUCCCUCAUGGAACUUCGAGGAACAGAAGCAGUAGUAAAAAUUAAAGAGACAUAUGGGGAAACAGAGGGGCUCUGCAGACAUCUGAAGACAUCACCAACAGAAGGAUUAGCUGGCACUGCUGCAGAUCUAGAAAAAAGAAAGCUUAUUUUUGGGAAAAACUUCAUUCCCCCAAAGAAGCCAAAAACAUUCUUACAGCUAGUCUGGGAAGCGCUGCAGGACGUGACUCUUAUAAUCUUGGAAAUUGCAGCCAUCAUAUCUUUGGGGCUCUCAUUUUACCAGCCACCUGGAGAAGGCAAUGAAGGAUGUGGUACUGCAACAGGAGGAGCUGAAGAUGAAGGUGAGGCUGAAGCUGGCUGGAUUGAAGGUGCUGCCAUUCUGCUCUCUGUUAUCUGUGUUGUGCUCGUCACUGCCUUCAAUGACUGGAGCAAGGAGAAGCAGUUCCGUGGGCUUCAAAGUCGUAUUGAGCAGGAACAGAAAUUUACUGUUGUCCGAGGUGGACAGGUUAUCCAAAUCCCAGUGGCAGAGAUAGUAGUUGGUGACAUUGCACAGGUGAAAUAUGGUGAUCUCCUACCUGCCGAUGGGAUAUUUAUUCAAGGAAAUGAUCUUAAAAUUGAUGAAAGUUCUUUAACUGGAGAGUCAGACCAAGUCCGCAAAUCUGUUGACAAAGACCCAAUGCUACUGUCAGGUACUCACGUCAUGGAAGGCUCUGGACGAAUGCUCGUAACUGCCGUGGGUGUAAAUUCUCAGACAGGCAUCAUCUUUACUCUGUUAGGUGCUGGAGGAGAAGAAGAAGAAAAGAAAGAUAAGAAAGGUGUGAAACAGGACGAUGGACAUCAGCUUCCAGAUUCUUCCCAUCCCUCCUCCCACCCUCCUUCAGCCACAGAUGGUGGAGCAGGUGCAAAUGCCACUGAUAAUGCAAAUGCCAGCUUAGUCAAUGGCAAAAUGCAGGAUGGGAAUAUGGAGAACAGCCAGAACAAAGCCAAGCAGCAGGACGGGGCUGCUGCCAUGGAGAUGCAGCCACUGAAGAGUGCAGAAGGGGGAGAAGGAGAUGACAAAGACAAGAAGAAAUCCAACAUGCACAAGAAAGAAAAAUCUGUCCUUCAGGGAAAGCUGACUAAGCUGGCAGUCCAGAUAGGCAAAGCAGGUUUGGUGAUGUCUGCCAUCACUGUAAUCAUUUUGGUACUCUAUUUUGCCAUCGACACCUUUGUGGUCAAAAAGAAACAGUGGCUGCCUGAGUGCACUCCCGUCUACGUUCAGUAUUUUGUUAAAUUCUUCAUUAUUGGUGUUACUGUACUUGUGGUUGCUGUUCCUGAGGGACUUCCACUUGCUGUCACUAUUUCUCUGGCUUAUUCAGUAAAGAAAAUGAUGAAGGAUAACAAUCUGGUCCGCCACUUAGAUGCUUGUGAAACUAUGGGUAAUGCCACAGCCAUCUGCUCCGACAAAACAGGGACACUAACAACCAACCGGAUGACAGUCGUCCAAGCCUAUGUCGGUGAUGUCCACUACAAAGAGAUCCCUGACCCAGAUUCUGUACCCGCCAAAACCCUUGAAUUGCUGGUAAAUGCCAUUGCUAUCAACAGUGCUUAUACUACAAAAAUUCUGCCACCAGAAAAAGAAGGUGGCCUGCCUCGCCAGGUAGGCAAUAAGACGGAGUGUGGCCUCUUGGGGUUUGUCCUGGAUUUGAAACAGGAUUAUGAGCCUGUUCGGAACCUCAUCCCUGAGGAGAAACUUUAUAAGGUUUACACAUUCAACUCUGUGAGAAAGUCAAUGAGCACUGUCAUUAAAAUGCCAGAUGGCAGUUUCCGAAUGUACAGCAAAGGAGCUUCUGAAAUUGUUCUGAAGAAGUGUUCCAGGAUCCUUAAUGCAGCUGGUGAACCUCGUGUCUUCAGACCACGUGACCGGGAUGAAAUGGUGAAAAAAGUGAUUGAACCAAUGGCCUGUGAUGGACUGAGAACUAUCUGUGUUGCUUUCCGAGACUUCAAUAGCAGCCCUGAGCCAGACUGGGACAAUGAAAAUGACAUUUUAUCUGAUCUGACUUGCAUUUGUGUUGUUGGCAUUGAAGACCCAGUAAGGCCAGAGGUCCCAGAAGCCAUAAGAAAGUGCCAGCGAGCUGGAAUCACAGUCCGCAUGGUCACUGGAGACAACAUCAACACAGCACGCGCCAUUGCCAUAAAAUGUGGAAUCAUUCAUCCAGGAGAAGACUUUCUUUGCCUUGAAGGAAAAGAGUUUAACAGAAGGAUCCGAAAUGAGAAAGGAGAGAUUGAGCAAGAGCGGAUUGACAAAAUCUGGCCAAAACUUCGAGUACUUGCUCGGUCAUCUCCCACAGACAAACACACUUUGGUAAAAGGUAUUAUUGACAGCACACAGGUGGAACAGAGGCAGGUUGUAGCUGUGACUGGUGACGGAACCAAUGAUGGACCAGCACUUAAAAAGGCUGACGUUGGCUUUGCAAUGGGUAUUGCUGGAACAGAUGUUGCAAAGGAAGCCUCAGAUAUCAUCCUAACAGAUGACAAUUUCAGUAGCAUUGUGAAGGCUGUGAUGUGGGGACGUAACGUCUAUGAUAGUAUCUCAAAAUUCCUGCAGUUCCAGCUCACUGUUAACAUUGUGGCUGUGAUUGUGGCUUUCACUGGAGCAUGCAUUACUCAGGACUCUCCUCUAAAAGCUGUACAGAUGUUGUGGGUCAAUCUGAUUAUGGACACCUUUGCCUCACUUGCUCUGGCCACUGAACCUCCAACAGAGGCUCUAUUGCUAAGAAAGCCAUAUGGCAGGAACAAACCUCUCAUAUCCCGUACCAUGAUGAAGAACAUUCUGGGCCAUGCUGUUUAUCAGCUUACUCUAAUAUUUACACUUCUUUUUGUUGGUGAGAAAAUGUUUAAGAUUGACAGUGGGAGGAAUGCACCACUCCACUCUCCUCCUUCAGAGCACUACACCAUUAUCUUCAACACCUUUGUCAUGAUGCAGCUUUUCAAUGAAAUCAACGCACGCAAAAUCCAUGGCGAGAGAAAUGUCUUUGAUGGAAUCUUCAGAAAUCCUAUUUUUUGCACUAUUGUACUGGGUACAUUUGCUAUUCAGAUAGUAAUUGUCCAGUUUGGAGGAAAACCAUUUAGCUGUUCCCCCCUGCAGCUUGACCAGUGGAUGUGGUGUGUAUUUAUUGGAUUAGGAGAACUUGUAUGGGGUCAGGUCAUUGCAACCAUCCCAACAAGUAGGCUAAAGUUUUUAAAGGAGGCAGGGCGGCUCACUGAGAAGGAGGAGGUCCCUGAAGAAGAACUCAAUGAAGAUGUUGAAGAAAUUGAUCAUGCAGAGAGAGAACUUCGACGUGGACAAAUUCUCUGGUUCAGAGGUCUCAACAGAAUCCAAACCCAGAUCGAAGUAGUCAAUACUUUCAAGAGUGGCACUUCCUUUCAGGGGGCUCUAAGGAGACAGUCCUCCGUCACAAGCCAGACCCAGGAUGUAACCAAUAUUUCUAGCCCUAGUCACGUAUCGUUAUCCAAUGCUCUUUCCUCUCCUACCAGCACAUCUGCUGCUGCGGCUGGGCGUGAGUGUGUAUUCUUAAUGCAUCAGACCUACAGAGAUGCCAACUUAUGUAGCAGUCAUUUGAGACUGAGCUACUUUGCCCUUUCCCACUUUGUCCUGUUAUGUUUAUUAGUUUAUUACCCAGCUACACAAAACUGGAUUACUUUGUGUACAGUAGAUGCUGUCCAUCAUUUAUUGCAGGUUAUGUUAGCUACUGUUAGAGCAGGAAUUUGUAGACAUUUUUAUCCAGUUAUGGAGACUCUAUCUGAGGUUUCUGUGUUAUGUUUUCCUAAUGUCACUGUAUAUAUUUUUCUUCUGCUUACAAAAUACGUAUUUUAAAUAGUUCUAUGAAAACCUUGUAUUAAGAG